AAAGGCCCAAACUGAAACUUCUAAUGAAAGCUUAGUGGAACAUGAUAUAAACAUCAUUGAAAAAUUUUUGUUAGUGCAAGAAACAGUACAAAGUACUGACAUAGAACCAGAAACUCUUCAAGAACAAACAGCUGACUUGAAGGAAGAAACACAAAAAGAUAAUAUAGCUAUUAAUGAAGAAGCUUUAUCUUCUGAAAAAAGAGACUUAGAGGAUCUUACAGAGAAUAUAUUUGCAAAGUCUCCAAACUAA